UGCGAGCAAUGGAGGCUGGAAGCGCGGAGCCCUCUUCCUGCGCGGCGAUGUUGGCGAGCGGGGUUGCACGGAGGGAGCCUCGAAAGAAAGGAUACAUCUGGAGGGUCAAGGCUAAGGGAGAACCAUCUGAAGUAUCACUGGAAAAAGCUGAGGAGCAGGUGCAGGAGCAGAAACUGAGGAGUCAAGAUGGAGCAAAGAGACAAGAGGAGAGACAGAAUCACACAGGGGACAAACCUCAUACAUGCUUGGAGUGUGGAAAGAGCUUCAGGUGGCGUAGUCACCUUACUUCGCAUCGAAGAACUCACACAGGAGACAAACCUUAUAAAUGCUUGGAGUGUGGAAAGAGCUUCAGUCAGAGUAGCGCCCUUACUUCGCAUCAAAGAACUCACACAGGAGACAAACCUCAUAAAUGCCUGGAGUGUGGAAAGAGCUUCAGUCGGAGUGACAACCUUACUUCGCAUCAAAGAACUCACACAGGAGACAGACCUUAUAAAUGCUUGGAGUGUGGAAAGAGCUUUAGUCAGAAUGGGAACCUUACUUUGCAUCAAAGAAGUCACACAGGGGACAAACCUCAUAAAUGCUUGGAGUGUGGAAAGAGCUUCAGUCAUUGUAGCCACCUUAUUUCGCAUCACAAAACUCAUACAGGGAACAAACCUUAUAAAUGCUUGGAGUGUGGAAAGAGCUUCAGGUGGAGUAGCGCCCUUACUUCGCAUCAAAGAACUCACACAGGAGACAAACCAUAUAAAUGCUUGGAGUGUGGAAAGAGCUUCAGGUGGAGUAGCGCCCUUAUUUCACAUCACAGAACUCACACAGGGAACAAACCUUAUAAAUGCUUGGAGUGUGGAAAGAGCUUCAGGUGUAGCAGCCACCUUACUUCGCAUCAAAGAACUCACACAGGAGACAAACCUCAUAAAUGCUUGGAGUGUGAAAAGAGCUUCAGUCGGAAUGACCACCUUACUUUGCACCACAAAACUCACACAGGAGACAAACCUUAUAAAUGCUUCGAGUGUGGAAAAAGCUUCAGAUGGAGUAGCUCCCUUAUGGUGCAUCAUAGAAGUCACACAGGGGACAAACCUUAUCAAUGCUUGGAGUGUGGAAAGAGCUUCAGUCAGAGUGGCCACCUUACUUCACAUCACAGAACACAUACAGGGAACAAACCUGAUACUUGCUUGUAGUGUAGAAUGGCUACCUUCAGGCACAGCAAAGGAUCCGUUCAAAGGAAGAGAUGUAUAGAUGCUUUGAAUUUGGAAAAAGCUUUAAGCGGAGUUCAACUCUUUCUGUGCAUCAAUGGAUCCAUAUGGGGAAGCCAGGCUACCAACAGGAUUUUUAUGGGGAGUUUCAGACCCUGACAAUCUUCUUCUCUUAGCUUAACCACAGACUGUUCCACUUCCCUUCACCUGCUAUUUUGGUGGCGUGUCAGUUUUUGCUUUGCAGUGACAGAGAGGUUUUAGUUUUCCAGAGAUGGGUGAGCACCCAAGGUGGAUGCUGAGGCCAAGGUGGCUCCAGGAGCCAAAAUGGCCUCUCAGUUGUCCAGUUUUUCCCCAUCAUAUCCCCCCUCUGGCAGUUUCUAGCUGCCCAAUUCAAUAUUCAAUUAAUGACAUUUCAAGUCUUACUUUAUCUACUUCCUCUAGAUCCUCCACCUCUGUCUUUGUUACCUCCAUGUGCAUCAUUCGAACAUCAGUUUUCGUGAAGGGGUUAGUAGUGUUUGUCACACAGCAUCUAAUACAACAUAACGCCAACUGGACUAUUACAUAUAUGAGCACCAGCAAGAAUAGUCCCAUUAGAACAUAUUUUAUCAGAUUUUGUACUAGGCCUCCUAGUCAUCCCCCUGGAUUCUGUAGCCAUCCCCACCAAUCAAAAUCGCUACUCCGGUCAAAAUAAGCUACUUCUGCUAUUUUCUAAGCAUGCUCUAUUAUGGAGUUGGCAUGGGAUUCAAUCUCUCCAGCUGAACUGUUUAUGUAGGAACAACAUUCGCUCCCAAUGAUGGUGCAAGUGAUUCCAUCCGUAGCGAGCAGAGUCCAGUGCCAUCCUGUUUUGGAGAACCGUUUUCCUUAUUUAGGUUUGGGUUGCUGGUAGGGUCUUUAUAGUCUUAGAGGCCACAGGAACAGCUUCUUUGAUCUCAUUUGCAAGAAUUUCCACUACAGAUUGAAUCUCAAUACUCCAAAACCCACGGCAGCCGUGCCAGCCAAGGGCAGGAAAGAGCCCAUCGUUAAUGGCCUGCUGUUUUCUAUGUCCCAUUGUGCAGAGUGGCGAGCAGGUUUUGAUUUCUCUCUUUUUCUCUCUCAUUGGGGAGGCUCUCUUGUUCCUGAUUCUACCAAGUGGGAGUACCUGAGUGACCCUGACAGCUGGUAUAAGCCAGGCAACAUCGCAGGAGCCAAUCCAAUAGUUUGGCAAUACUUUAUAGGCUUUAUCUCCACAGACCCAAUCAUGUCGUACAAGAGCUUCCCAUGGCUCUUUGUGGAAGGGGGAAAGACCAUGUUUUCCAUGGUUGAACUUACUACCUUUGGUAGAAGGGGCCAGCUAUCCCCCGUCAAGGGACACCACCACCUGGAUCAUGAGGAUUGCUAGUCCUGUUCCCAAAACAGGCUCCCCAGUUGUUCAGGUAUUUACAGACCCAUGCUUGUUGACCAGCAGAAUUGGUAAAGGCAGAACAAUGGAUCAUGUUGUCAAUAGAAUAGUUACAGGAAGCAUGGCAAUCAUGAUAAUGUUGGCAGAAAGUGGGAUUCUGGGUGAGGUUAUAAUGGAGAAUUUUAUAUAUCCACACAUUUAAACAUAGAAGGCAUAUGUUUAUGAAAUAUAAUAAAAUCACAAGGAACUAAGCAAAAAGGCCCACAGUCCUAUGAGACCCUAAAAUCCAGUCUCAUAGAGAAGCAAGUUCAGCUUGAACUUCUCAACUCAUGAAAUGAAGCAAACAGGCCUGUGUGUGUAACUUUAAUUAAUGAGUAUAUUGUUUGGAAGCAAAUGAACAUGUAACUCAUGAUUGAUAUUUUAAACCGUUUGAUCCUGAGAAAUUAAUUAUUAGUGAAAUACUGGGCAAUCGUAUAUCUUUUAUUCUUGAUUUUGUAGAGCUAUGGCUCCGACUAGUGGAAAACUUUGUAACUUUACUAAAGGAGGAGUGAGAGAAACUUUGUGUUUUAACUCUCAUUUUUCAGAUGUCCCGGUGUGUUUAAUUUCCGUCUUGAUAGGUAGAAUACAAACUUUGUCAGUGGGUUUUCAUGGUAAAAGGUAUUCUGAAGUAGUUUGCCUUUUCUAUUCCUCUGAGGCUGAGAGAUAGUGGCUGGCUGGCCCUCAGCAGUUUUAGGAAAGGCAGACAAGGCUCCCCCUUGCCUGCACCCAGGUCCCGGGCUGCAUAUCCCACCCCACCUCACCCUAGAGGGUCCUGCCUCAGUCUCCAAUUGGAUAAGGUGGGGAGGUGGGAGAGUGGGUGGAGGGCAUCAUUGUCCCUGGCCAUCUCAACUCAUCCCCCGUGGUCGGGUUUGUCCACCACACCUAUUCCCCAGAGGAAUAAUGUCUGUCCCGCCCUCUCCUUCACUGCCUCAGCAUUUUCCCCACUCAAAGUCACCAUCAUGUGUUGUAAGCCACCCAGAGAGCUUCGGCUAUGGGGCGGUAUACAAAUGUAAUAAAUAAAUAAAUAAUGGGCAAUGUACCCGAGCAUAUCAUUUCAAGGGGGUUCCCUUUGUCAUGAAAACCUGAAUUUAAGAUGGUUGUGUAGCAAAGAAUUGUGGGGGUUCAUUUGUUAAUGUGGAAUCUUAACAGGUUAACAUUUGGCUUCUGUAUUAGAGCUCUGAGUUGGCAGUUUUAUUUCCCAGCUGUGGGUAAGCAGAGGCCCAUCCUAACACUCCCUUAACCAUAGAAGCCGGGCUCCAUCAAGGUCGUACAGCCCUUGAAGUUUUAGGGAGGAUGUUCCAUUUGGUCAGGUGAUUGAUGGGCCCUUUUUUCAUGAAGAAAUUUCCUGAUUGGUUAAUUGGAAUCAGCCUGUUGCUGGGCAGUUUGCCAUAAGUAUGGGGCUCAAACCUUGGCUUUCGUUCCUCCUCUGGGUCCCAUCAUGCCUACUUGAUGUUGCCUGCUGAGCUUCCAUUUUGCAUCGACUCUCCUGCCUGUUCCUCUCUCUGAGGAGAGGGGGCUGUGCAACUGUCUACCUGUGUGUAAGUAGAGACUAGGCUAGAUAGCUUUCUUGUUUUUCUGCUGUGACUGAACUCUCUGUAUUUUACCUUGCUCCUUUUGGGUGUGCAUAUUAAGGAACAAUUUUGCUGCUGUGACUGUGCACCUCUUUCAUUCUUUAAUAAAGUUACUUCUAUUUUCCAGUGUGUGUUCAUUUCAGGAGAAGGUUAGCCCUAAACUAGUACCUUGGCCACUGAGCGUGACUAUUGUGUCAAUUGGGCAUUAAAGGCUUAAAGGCUCCAGGGCAAGAAGUGUUUGUUUGGCUCUUGCCAUUUGGGAAUCCUUGGCAGUUUUCUGGGCUCUGAGCUUCCCCUUGGCUGAGGGUGGUUAAUGAGUUUAAGGGGUGGUGGCAGUCUACCUUACACUACAGGGCUGUUCUGAGCAUGCACAGCCUUAGCAGGGAAGGAUAUUUUGCCAGGAUCAUUUGCCCUGGGUGGGGAAUUGGCUCCUGGGAUGAGGGAGGGGGUCCAGGGACUGGCACCCCUCCAUCACACCCUACUUUCGCAUAAUACAAAGACUGAAAUCAAACCAGAGCUUCUUGAAAAGGGGACUCCCUUCUCGGGGCUGUGUAGUUCCAAGGUUGCAAAGGAUGUCAUCUCAUCUCCUGCACACAAGGGGUCAGCAUGUCACAGAACACGUCGGAACAUUGCUAAUAAGUAUUAUAUUUUAAUGGAAUUGAUUUUCUUGUUAUGGCUGCACCUCCGUGAUCCUGAAGUGUGUAUCGGCCAGGAUUCAAAUCUUUCUCACAAUUGGAAAGACUAACCUAAUGUUUCACAGGUAUGCUUUCCUAGAGGUCAUGUGACAAUUACUUGAACCAAAUGGUUUUUUCAGAGCACCCUUUUAUGUGCCAGAAGUGGAGUCAUUUGCCAAAAGUCUAAGAUGACUUUAGAAAGAAGAGAUAGAACUGGGAAUGCAGAAAGGAAAUCAACUGGGAAACCUGAUGUCUUGCAAAGAUGUUGUCUUUUUUUUUAAUAGACCGAAAUAAGUAUUUAUGCGAGUUAUUAAACUGGAAACAGACAUGUCAGUAAAAUAAACAGGAAAUCAAACUGACCAUGUGUAAAACCU